UACAGCGUACUGAGUACAGUUCCCUGUGCUAUACAGUAGGUCCUUAUUAGUUACCUAUUUUAUAUAUAUUAGUGUGUAUAUGUCGAUUGGGAUUGGCUCACUCUGGAGGUUGCCUAAAUUUAGGGUAUUUGCUUUAUGUCCUGUUAGACUUGACCUUGACCAGAGAGUCUUCAAGAUGCCAAACUGGGGCGGAGGAGCGAAAUGCGGAGCCUGCGGAAAGACCGUCUACCAUGCGGAAGAAAUCCAGUGCAACGGAAGGAGUUUCCACAAGACCUGUUUCCACUGCAUGGCCUGCAGGAAGGCUCUGGACAGCACCACAGUGGCAGCUCACGAGUCUGAGAUCUACUGUAAGGUCUGCUACGGGCGCAAGUACGGCCCCAAGGGGAUCGGGUAUGGACAAGGUGCCGGCUGCCUCAGCACGGACACGGGUGAACACCUGGGCCUCCAGUUCCAACAGUCCCCAAAGCCGGCACGCUCUGCCACCACCAGCAACCCUUCCAAGUUCACUUCGAAGUUCGGAGAGUCGGAGAAGUGCCCUCGAUGCAGAAAGUCAGUCUAUGCUGCUGAGAAGGUGAUGGGAGGUGGCAAGCCUUGGCACAAGACCUGUUUUCGCUGUGCUAUCUGUGGGAAGAGUCUAGAGUCCACGAACGUUACUGACAAAGAUGGGGAACUUUAUUGCAAAGUUUGCUAUGCCAAAAAUUUUGGCCCUACAGGUAUUGGGUUUGGGGGCCUUACACAUCAAGUGGAAAAGAAAGAGUGAAAAGUGCACCGUUUCUCAGGUCUCUCAUCGGCCUAAAGCACUUGCCAAGUAUCCUACCCAGAUGGAAACCCCUCCCCAAACAUCCUUUUGUUGGUAGUUGGAGAGUGUUUCUCUUCAGAAGUGACCACAGUCUUUACCUGAAGUUAGAAGAGAUCUUUGGAAGAAAAUUAUUAAAAGUCUAAUCCGUAACAAAUGCUUUAUUAUUUACGAUACUUGGGGUGGGAGAGGCCAUAAAUAAAAGUUUAAGUGGUAACUUCUACGUCUCUGGAUCUUUUCUUUCAAAUGGGGGAAAUUUUCAAAAAAACAGAGCGAUAGUUUAAAAAAAAAAUUGUGCAGAGGAUGUAAUGAAUUUUGGUGUCAGCUGUGGAAAGAGUGAGGAGGAGGA